CGUCGUGCGAUAUCAGGGUACUUUUAUAUUGCCGGAAUGAGUGAUGAUUUCAGUGGUGUUCCUGAAGUACUUUUCUAACAAGCAGUUUACAUUUUGCCCAUCCCCUCCUUCGCUCCCAUCUUAUCAGAGGCCCGUCUCGCUCUUUACCAUUUCUCUCCUGAUCUCGCAAUAAGUCAUCGUGCGUCACCUCAUCUGACUUCAGGCAAACAACCUCGGAGUUGCCUACGUUGUAAAACUACUUGCGGGAUAAUGGGACUCCAAUUGAUGCUGCCUAGACUCCGACCGACCCUCUACUCUGCCCAGCCCAGGCUGAUCCUCCCAUCGACGAGACACCACAACACACACGCCCGCACAAUGUCACAACAAGCACCGGCGCCCACGCCAAAGUUCUCGCCAGGUGCCGAUACGGAGACCCUACGUCCGGCCGUCGACAAGCUGCUGCGCGAAUCAGGCGGCCGCUGGACGCUCUCCAAGGACGGCGAGGCCGUGGAGCGUAACUUCAAGUUCAAGACGUUCACGAAGACAUGGGAUUUUAUGACCGCUGUGAGCCUACAGUGCAAGAUUCGGAAUCACCACCCGGAGUGGUCUAAUGUCUAUAACACUACCUUUAUCCGCUGGACAACUCACAAUCCCAAGGGCCUCUCAGACCGGGAUGUCCAUCUCGCAGCCCUGUGUGACACCCUGGCCCGGGACUUUGGCGAGGUCAUCGAAGACCCGAGUCCAAGUAGCGUUGAUCAGAAGACAAACACCAUGGGUGACAGGCCUGACGAGGCCAGUUGUGCGAUGGGCCAACUGGCAGGUGCGGCAGUCUCUGCUGCUGGGGACUGCUGCGGGAGGAAACCCCAAUAAAUCCUUGUGACAGAGCGCAUCCGGUGCUGGACGACUCCAUGUGGGAGACUUCAACCUCAUAUUUCAUAAGCGCGUAUCUAGGUGCACUGUUCGGAUGGCCCGAAUAGGCGUGUUUUACUGUCAUAUU